AUGUCACUAUUAGAAACCAUCCACCUUCCUCAUGUGCCUGAGAAUCUUCCAGUUCAUGUUGCACUUUACAAAGACCUGAAAAAUGCCAGCUUCCUACGGGAACAACUUAUAUCCGGAAACGCAGAAUUUCAAUAUGCUUUCGUGGAUGCCAGCACGAUUAUAUCAAGACGACACAUCUUUGCAGCGGUGUUUAGAGCUGUAAAUGAUUACCUGAACAACCGAUUACGAUCACACAAUGUUCAUUCGGAAAUAGUUGUGUCUCUCGGUCCUAGUAAUAAUAUUGCAGAAGCAUUUCGCAGGUUCGGUAUCACCGACGAUACUAAAAAUCUACUUGUCGUCAAGCUCUCUGUAACCCCAGAAGUCACCCACGAGUCCGUCGCAAAACAUUUAGAAAGCUCCGUGAAGGCGACAUCUGUUCCUUUUACCGAUGAAACUAUAUCGUCAAUGUCAGACCUUGCAAAGAUUCGGAAAUUAUACAAGCUCAAUCAGCUGGCUUCAAAGUCUAGUGAUGGUCAGACCGAUGCCGUGAAAGCCUUGGAGCCACUUAUAAUUGGAGCAAUAGCUAUUCGCGGGGCCACAUAAGACCUUGAAUAUCGAUAAAAGUAGAAUAAUACAAUCAAAUUUGAUACCC